GCCCCGCUCCCCAUUGGUCGUCACCUCGGCGGGAGGGGCCGCCCCGGGCCCGGGGCACCUGGAGUCGCCUCUCCGCAGGGAAAUCGGCGGCUGCCCGGCACGGGCGUCCAGAGGUAAAGGCGUCCGGAGGGAAGGCCCGGGGCUGCGGCCGAGCUCUCCGCUGCCAGCCCUGCCCUGCCCGCCGCCCUGGCGCCGGCCACGCUCGGAUGCCCCCUGUGCCCGCCCCGCCGGGCGGAAACUUUGCCUGGCCACGUCCCCUGCCCGCCUAACAGCGCCGAGAGGCUCCCGGUCGGCGGCGCGCCCUCCGGGGCCGCGAAGCCCCGCGCGUGAUUGCGGGGCCCGCCAGGCGCCCGGCGCCCGCCGCGCCCCGCCGUGCGCGAGCGGCCGCCAGGAUGCGCUACGCCGACCCCUCGGCGAACCGGGAUUUGUUGGGGAACCGAACUUUACUCUUCAUCUUCAUCUGCGCCUUCGCCUUGGUGACCUUGCUGCAACAGAUCUUGUAUGGCAGAAACUACAUCAAGAGAAGCCUCCAGUUUGGUUGGCAGAGUGGCGACCAGCUGGCCAAUUGGACGGGGCUCUUUAAUGUCACGGACGACCCAGCAGUGCAGAGCGGCAGUGACUCCAGCUCCAGGUACUUUGAGUUUUACGAGGGCCCGUUUGAGUAUAACUCCACAAGAUGCCUGGAGCUGAGACACGAAAUCUUGGAAGUGAAGGUGCUGUCCAUGGUGAAGCAGUCGGAGCUAUUCGACAGAUGGAAGAGCCUGCAGAUGUGCAGAUGGGCAAUGAAUAUCUCUGAGGCCAACCAGUUCAAGUCCACUCUGUCCAGGUGCUGCAACGCCCCCUCCUUCCUCUUCACGACGCAGAAGAACACGCCCCUGGGGACGAAGCUCAAGUAUGAAGUGGACACCAGCGGCAUCUACCACAUCAACCAGGAGAUCUUCCGCAUGUUUCCCAAGGACAUGCCCUACUACCGGUCCCAGUUUAAGAAGUGUGCAGUGGUGGGCAAUGGAGGCAUCUUAAAGAACAGCCGCUGUGGGAGAGAGAUCAACAGCGCUGACUUUGUCUUCCGGUGCAACCUACCCCCCAUCUCGGAGAAGUACACCAUGGAUGUGGGAGUGAAGACGGAUGUGGUCACUGUGAACCCCAGCAUCAUCACCGAGAGGUUCCACAAGCUGGAGAAGUGGCGGCGGCCCUUCUACCGGGUGCUGCAGGUGUACGAGAACGCGUCGGUGCUGCUGCCCGCCUUUUACAACACGCGCAACACCGACGUGUCCAUCCGCGUCAAGUACGUGCUGGACGACUUCGAGUCGACGCAGGCCGUGUACUACUUCCACCCGCAAUACCUGGUCAACGUGUCGCGCUACUGGCUCAGCCUGGGGGUGCGCGCGAAGCGCAUCAGCACCGGCCUCAUCCUGGCCACGGCGGCGCUCGAGCUCUGCGAGGAGGUGCACCUGUUCGGCUUCUGGGCCUUCCCCAUGAACCCCUCGGGCCUCUACAUCACCCACCACUACUAUGACAACGUCAAGCCCCGCCCCGGCUUCCACGCCAUGCCCUCUGAGAUCUUCAACUUCCUGCACCUGCACAGCCGAGGCAUCCUCCGCGUGCACACGGGCACCUGCACCUGCUGCUGAGGGCGGCACAGGCUGGCCGGCCACCCCGGCAAGCAGAACCUCGCUCCUCCUCUCCUUCCUGCGCCGGGCAGUGCGUGGGCCAGGAGGCAGGGAUGGGGGGGCGGGCACAGUCAGCUCUGUGCUAAGCCUCCUGGCCUCAGCCGGGGCCCUAUGACCCCACCCUGCCCGUAGGUAGCAUGCUGCUGGGCCACACCCCGAGAUCAGGGGCCUUGAGGAUUGCCAGUGAUUAAAGCACAUUUGCACUCAAUUUUAGCAUUCGGGAGAGUGCAGGCUGUAGUGGCCUUGUCGCAGCUAAAGAAAGGCCCUACGGAAUGGAAAAGGGGGAGACUGGUCGUGUGAGCAUGGUCGAGAUUUAAUUCAGACUUUUGGCUUCCUGAGUUUUAUACUGAGGCCUCAGCUGUGAAUCGCUAUCUAGAAUCUCAGAGCUUACAGAGCAACCCAGCAGCCAGACCUUCCUGUGAAGACAGAGUGGCUCAGGGGGGUCCAGGGUCUUAACCACGCCCUUUCAAACACAUCCUCAGACACACACAUGCACAGUCUUGGUGCCUCCGGGUUCAAUCCUGUGUUUGAUAUUCUGAUGAGAAGGACCAGCCAUUUGCACUAAGGUUUCCAAGCCAAUGUGAUUGACUCAAUACGUGCUUAGCAAUUUGCUUCCUCUCCUGUCUCCUUAUUUCCAGCUCUGUUUUAACCAGGAGUUAUUUAUAAGAUCUGUUCCUCUUUAUGCUCCAGAAUCCUGCAGAAUCCUGCUACAUUGCGUUUCUGACCUGUGGGCUCCGGGCUGGAAAGCACUGAGAUGUAACCGAUGAGCUUUGCAGACGGGAGUGCAUCAUGGCCUCCGACACCAGCAUCACUGAGGCUUCUGCUGUGAAGGCAGGACUUGGCACCUUACACAGCCGGGCGGCCUCACGCACACGGACCCACAGAGCCUGUGCUUUGGGAAGUUAACUGUGCCUGGGCCAAAAGGGGUUAACGUGGCAUUUCACAUCUGAAGUUCAUUCUCUUUGCUCCCCGCAGGGUGUUACCACCACCAGCGUGGCUGUACCUAAUAGACACCCACGGUGAAUUGCCUUAGAACCUAGCUGCACGGACUCAUAGAAUGUUAGUUCUGGAGGGACUUCAGACUCCAACCUCUCGCCUUCCCUCCCUCCCUCCCUCCCUCUCUCCGUUCUUCCCUUCCUCCCUUAGACACUUCCGAAAGCCUAUUCUGCUUUGGUCUGGGGUUGGCCUUGGGAAGACGUGAUGACAAAUCAAUUCAGUAUUGCUUUCUCCUCGGGCCGGAGGGCAGACCGUAUGCAGGCCUGAACCCAGCUGCUGGGUGCUCUGGGGAGGAUGAGGGGCUGUGAGGUUUCAGCAGGGAGUGCGGCCUGCCAUCUGAUGGCCUCCUUGUACAACGCAGAACAGCACAUCCCGCCAGUGAGACACAGAGGGGAGCGUGGGCCUGGUCCCAGGCCUCCAGGCUCCCGGCCCACGGCUCCUUUCUUGGCAAAACCGCUUUGUUUGGGCUUGUGUUCCACGCUGGUGGGUUGUCAUGGAGUGCAUGCUUCCGCCUCUGUUCUGAGCCCUGGUCCUGACCGGGAGACUUCGCGCUGCUUGUCUGUAGGGCAGGGAAGUAGCCACUGAGACUAAGUAGACCCUAGUACGCCAUGAACUGGGGAAAACUCCCCCGGGGCGGUGGAGGGCUGCGCUUUCUUGGGCUCUGCCUGUUCCUCCCAAGGUACUUAUGGAGGUUUCCAGCCACUUGUUUGUGGUUAAUUGAGUGCAGUUCUUGAAACUGUGGAAUGUUAAGACUGCAAGACUCCUAAAGACCAUUUUGUCCCAUUUAAGGGAAGAGACCUAGAAGGCGGAGGGGGCCUGGGUCGUGCCUGGGGCUCUACUGAAUGGCCAGAGCCCUGAGUGACACUUCUGUUCCAGGUGGGGCAGGGCUGGGGGGCAGGAGCCGCGGUGAAUCAGACAUCAGGGUUCCCACCGCUCGAGGGUGCUGCGGGUUGGCAUCUGCCCCAGCAGGGCCCUCGUAGGAGCUGGCGAUAGGACAUAAUGAUCCACACCCAUAGAGGAAUCGGGACUCAUGGUCCCAUUUCUGCCUGCGGGUCUUAGGGCGAGUUGCUUCCUCUCCCCACAGAUCUCACUUUCCUCAUCACUACAACUAGAGGCUUAGGAAAGAUCUCUGGGGUCCUUGCAAUCUCUAAUUUGUUGUUGGAGGUGUUCCUGAUGUAUGGAUCUGAGCCACAAAUAGUAUUUGUUAUUACGAUAGUUAACAUUUAGUGUGUUCUCAUUCUGUGCCAGGCCCUGCACAAAGCACUUUCUUUGCAUUAUCUCCUGUGAUCAUCACAAGACCCCGUAGGUAAGAAGGCUCCCAUCAGGUGAGGAGGAGGUCAGACACCCAGCGGAGGAAACCACACCCAAGCGUGUGGAACCCCAAAGCCCACGCUCUGGACCUCUGUCUUAGCUGCCUCUCGGCCAGUGUCACAAGGGCUGGAACCAGAGGGAUCCUGACGGAGGUGGCGCUGCAGGGUGGACCCUCCUCCAGGGACACAUGCUCUGGGAGGCCGUCUUGGGUCCGAAGGCAGUCUCUGCCUGGAGUUGUCCCCCACCCCCACCCACAGUGAACGUGUGCUGUCCUGGCAUUGGGGGUGGGGUGGGUUGAGGGCAUCUCUAUGUCUACAGGUGAGGACAGAUGCCCAGAAAGAGUGACAACAUGUUGACUGACUUGUCCAAGGCCCCAUGGCCAGCUAGGGCCUUGUUUGGGACUCACCUGGUCUCCUGACUUCCAGGCCAUCCUCCUUCUCCCGCGGUCAGUGUUUGUGGGGAAAACAUUUUUUUCAAAGGCUCAGAGAGACCUGGGCAUCGAUUCAGGAAGCCCCCACCAUGCUCCUCGAAGCCGACCCUCCCACCGUGCAGUGCAGACUAGCAGUUUAAAUUCUUAUUUAAGGGAAAUCGAUUCCCCACAAAUAAAACAACCCUCGUGUCUUCCUUUGUGCUAAACCCACGGCUCCAGGGUUGAAAGGCAGCAGAAACAAGUAAAUGACUCAGUGCUUAGCCAAGCAGAACGGAAGGUAGCUCAAGGUCAGAUGCCGCCUUUGAGGCGGUUUAGCAAUGCUGUCGAAGCAACUCUGCCCACCAGUCACCUGGUGCCACAGAGAGCAGAGGACCUCACGGCCCUUGACUUUGCUGAAUGUGGGGAGGGGGCAGGGACGGCACUUCCUGACAGUUGAGGGAGGGCACAGAGCUGGCUUUCAGCCAGGCCUUCAACAAAUAAUUAUUGGGCACUCACUUUGUGCCAGGCAUCGUGCUAGGUGCUGGGGGAUGAACGAUCGAUCGAAAUGAUCAAAACGUAGCCCCUGCCCGCCCCCGGGGCUGACAGCCUGGUGGGCGUGUCCAGACACUGAACCAGGAUCCCACACGUGUGCUAAAAGCUGGCAAGUCCGAGCUCGGGGACAGUUACCAGGGAAAGAGGACGAGGGUGUGCCGGAGUUAAGCUGGAAUUCUGCAGGCUGGUGAUUGCCAAUGCAGCGGCUGCUUCUCAGGCCUCAUCCUUGAAAUCCGUGUGACGUGUGACAAGGGUGGCUUCGCUGUCCUUUUGAGUCCUCUCCUCCUUUGUUUCCUAACAAACCACUCUCCCCUGACUUCCUUCCUGUCUCUGAAUGCUCCUUCUCAGGCCCCUUUGUUGACUCAUCUUCUGUGAACCUCAGGGUUCUCUUCUCUCAGCAGGAGAGAAAGCUCAUCUAUUCGCAGCCUGUCUCUCCCGUCCUUGCGUCUUAGCCCCCUUACCUGCAGGCUGGUUCUCCCUUGGAUCUUCGGAAGCACGCUCACCGUGGCCUCCUGAACAUCUGUCCCUGCGCUGCAUUGCAAACCUCAUCAUGUCCUCAACUGGCGUAGUUAAAAGGACACCCUGGAUUCAAGGUUGCCUCUUAUCACUUACUAGCUGCGUGACCCAGAGGGAGCUGCUGAAGUCCCUGGAGGGUCUGAUUCAUUAUCUGAGGAGUGAGGCCAGGACGCCAGCCUCUCCAGCCGUGGCGAGGGUCAAGUGAAAUAGGGCUGCACGAUGCCUAGCACAGAGCCUGGCACAAACUAGACACUCGGUGAGCCCAGCUUCCUCGGCCUCCUCCCUCCCCCAACCCUCCCCCAGUGAAUGGCUCUCCUGCACUGGUGGUCGCUCACCCGAAAACCCUGGGUCACGCCUGGCUCCUCCUUCUCUGUCACCUUCCGUAUCAGCACAGCUGAUGGAGAGCCACACUCUGCAAUGCCUGCCAUUCAGUGGCGGCUGCCCGGUGAGUGGUGAUGUCCGGCGUGGAAUUCAGACGAGAUAGCGUCUUAAGUGAGAAAAGAGUGAAAAUGAAAAUCCGGCACACAACCCCACUUCUGCCCCUCUGUGAAGACGAGUAUAAGACAUAACCCACUAUUAAACUAGCAACACAAAAAUAAUUGUUUGGGAAUCGAUUACAUUUAUGAAAUCUGUUUUGGCCUUGACACGAUUCAGAGAUUUUUUUUUUUUCACUAUUUUUGAUUGUAGUAAAAUACCCAUGACGUGAAAUCGACCAUUUGAGCCAUUUUUAAGCGCACAGUUCAGUAGCGUUCAGUACGUUCACGUUGUUGUGCAACCAGUCUCCAGAACACCUUUCAUCUUACAAAACAAACUCUAUGCCCGUUAAAGGACAGCCUCCACUUCCCCUCCCCCAGCCCCUGGAAACCACCACCCUAUUUUCAGUCUCUGUGAAUGAGAUUAUUCUAGGUAUCUUGUAUAAGUGGAAUCAUAUGGUAUCUGUCUUUUUGUGACUGGUUUAUUUCAUACAGUAUCAUGUAGGUAGGUACAAGCUGUUCUCAGAUGGCAUUCGUUGUUUUCAGUGUCUCUGUAAUACAAUUCUGAUUUUCCUUUUGGUCCGGAGCAGUUCUCUUGGGCCCUUGGUCCAUCCCUGGCUUCUGAUGACCUUGACACCUUUGCUGAGGCUCAGCAGACCCGGUCUGCUUUGCUAGCUGGGCUCAGCUGUCCUGGCCACAGCCAGUAUCCUGAGAGGCAACAGCUCUGCCCAUCUUUUUUAAGUCAUUAGAUGUUUCCCCUGCAGAGUCUCUUCUGUGAACCCUCCUUCGUUUUUCAUUUCAACAAGCAGAAAAGGCAGAGGGAGAGCGAGAGAGAAAUACACGCUUCAGUCAGUGACUUAGCGCUUGGCACAAAAGCCAGAAAUCAGUGACUGUCUUUCUUUCCAUUCGGGGGAUGGUUCCCUUGGCAACUAAGUAACUCAUUUCCUUCAAUAAAAAUGACUUGCUCAGCUUUGGGGUAAAAGUUUUAUUUCCUCUAGAAUUGUGGUUCUCAGCCUUGUGUGCACAUUAGAAUCACCCGGGGAUCUUUAUAAAAUAACCCUCAUGCCGGGUCCCAGAGAUUCGCCCAGAGAAUCUGAUUCAGUUGGCUUAGGGAUAGGGCCUCGAUCCUUUCAAAAAUCUUACGUGACUCUGUGGCACAGCGGUUAAGAUCCACUGUCCUAGGGCGGAGGGGCUCUGCCUCGGCUGCACUUUGGAGUCAUCUGAGGAGUUUGAGAAAUACUUGUGCCUGGACCCUGUCCGUCCCAGAGGCUCUGAUCCAGUUGGUCUGAGGUAUGACCUAGGUAGUCAAGUCUUUCAGCCUCUCCCCAUGACUCGAAUACGCAGCCAAGGUUGAGAACCAUAUUCUAGAGGUUCUUGAACCUGAAGCUGCAUCAGAGUCACUCGGAGAGCUUGGGGGUUCCCGGGCCCCAGCCUGCGGUCUCUGCUUCGGUGAGCUGGCAUGGGGCCUUUCUUGCCGGCGCCCAAGUGAUGGCGAUGCCGGUCCAGGGAUGAGGGGUCCCCAUCCUGGUUGGCCUCAGAUUUUCCAGGUUUGACCCAAGGGAAGCCCUGCAUCCCGGGCAGAGUUCCCCAGUCCUGGGCACACUGGGGGGUUUGGGCACCCUGCCCUUGACUCCAGGUCUGUGCUUCUUUCUGCCUGUGCCAUGCAUGUGGCUGCUUGGUUCCAUCUGCCUCAGGUUUCCUGGGGGGGGGGGGGGGG